GUUUUACAAUUACUCGUUUACCCCGUCCGAAUCGAACCCGGGCUUUCAUUACGGCUGUGGUUCAGGGGGAUCGGGAAGUAAUGUAUUCAAAUACAUGGUCGAACGUACCACUCGUGUCAUAAAUAGAACCAAGCUUAAAGGAAGCGGAUGGCAGUGUACUGACAGACAAUACCAUUACACUGUAAUGGUUUGGUCUGUGUUUAGCGUGCUAUGCUAGCUAGUAUUUGUGAGGAUAUGUAGAUAGCUACUAGCUAGGAAGCUGAAAGGAUUAAGCUGCCGGGUUGUGGGUUGUAGUUAGCUUUUCUAUGUUAAAACCAGCUAGCGGCUUUGUACGUAUAACAACUCUCCAGAGUUUUCCUCAUCGGGUAACAAGCACCCCUUACAGUGUAUGUGUGGCAACAACAUGUCUGUGCCGCUGCUCGCCGAGGCCGUGACGGUGUCUGGGACGGAGAAGGAGACCGCCGCGGUGAUCUUCCUUCAUGGUUUGGGUGACUCAGGGCAUGGCUGGGCGGACGCCAUGACGGCUAUCCGACUGCCACAUGUAAAGUAUAUCUGUCCCCAUGCGCCCAGAAUCCCAGUCACGCUUAAUAUGAAGAUGACUAUGCCCUCAUGGUUUGACCUAAUGGGUCUCAGCCCAGAUUCCCCAGAGGAUGAGGCUGGCAUCAAGAGGGCAGCGGAGAACAUCAAAGCCAUUAUUGACCAUGAAGCAAAGAAUGGGAUACCUGCUAAUCGUGUGCUGCUUGGAGGGUUCUCUCAGGGUGGGGCUCUAUCCUUGUAUACUGCCCUCACAUGUCAGCAGCAGUUGGCAGGCGUGGUCGCACUCAGUUGCUGGCUACCGCUUCACAAGAGUUUCCCUCAGGCGGCAAGCGCCAGUGGGAAUAAAGACAUGCCCAUACUGCAGUGUCACGGGGAGAUGGACCCCAUGAUCCCAGUGCAGUUUGGGGCCAUGACGGCGGAGAAGCUCAAGGUCAUCGUCAACCCUCAGAAAAUCACCUUCCGAACUUACCCAGGACUCAUGCACAGUUCCUGUCCUCAGGAGAUGGCAGCGGUGAAGGAAUUCAUUGAGAAGCAGUUGCCCCGUAUCUGACCUCGCCUCAACCCUACUGUGACCCUUAGACACUGACCUCUCACCUCUGACCUGCCAUUCUCCCACAGGAAACAGCCAUUAACACCGCCCCCUCCGCGCACGCACACACACACACACACACGAACAAACUUUCACGUAAUACCAUCAUUAUCCUCGUUUUCUCACCUCAUUCCAUAGAAAUCAAACACUCAUUAUACUGGACUCACUGUUCUUAAAAACAUUAAACCUAUCUUCUCUUCUGAGGGAGAAUCACUGACUCACACAUUACAUUCCCCUGGGAUUAUUUCCUCUCAAACUCAACUCACCCUUAAGCCCUCCUCACCCCCCCCCCCCACCCAUACCCAAUAAUUCUGUGUGUGUCAGUGAGUCAGGUUCUGAGCCCGGUAGUUAGCGGGUGGGCUGCUCCUGCCCCUAGAUGCCGCCCAGUGUUAGAGAGGCUGACCUAGUGGAGAGUGCGGAUUCAGCAGCCUGUGGUCCCGUUCUUCGGACCCCGAGGUCUGAUGCUCUCUGGAGUGACUCCGGUUGCGACGCUCCACUGCAUACCGUGGAGGUCACGCCCCAGACCCAGCACCCACUCCCCAUGGCUGCUGCCACUGUCAUACCUGGGGGGGCCACUGCUUUGGCUGAUUGAAAUAUCUGACAUUAUAAAUAACUCAAUUGAAAUAAAGGAAACCAAUGGACCAUUAACUUUUGCCACCAUUUUCUGUUCUUUACUGCAAUUUAGGACUGUUGAUGAAUUGUAUAUUUAUGAUUUUAUUUUGUUUCCAAUGGAUGGACCAUGAAACAAGUUAAUAAUUGAAUUAACUGUAUUGACUAAAAUAUAUGGAAAUGUUAAAUACACCUAAAAAGUUUAGGCCUUAAGAGCGCUAUAUUCUUGAGUAUUUUUCAGCAAAGCUUAAAUGCAUAUGUAAUUCAGUAUCACACCGCAUGUUACCAGGGCCAGAACUAGAACUAUAGACACAACUUGACUAAUUUGAAUGCAGUUCUUCCCAGUCAUUCUCUCAGCAUCUAGCAUUUGACCAGUGAGCCAUGUUUCAUUCCCAUGUCCAGCACAAAUCAAUUCUGUCACUCUGACUGGUCAUUUAUACUGUCAAGCAGAACUAUUUACUGAUUUGACAACUUGCAGGCAUCCACUAAUACCGCAUUAAAGGUCAGUUUAUCCAGUGCUAUAAUUAAUUUGUCUCCUAAAAUGGGUAUACACUGUCUUUGAUAGAAAAAAAGCUCUUGUUAAUUUAAGGGUGAUUUUUAAACAGCAUUAAUCUUGAACAACUCGUGGAGCUUGGGUGUCGGAAUUUUAACUGAGGAGUCAGUGUGCUAAAAUCAGGUGUUCUGUAUUUUUUCCUUCUGUGAAUGUUUUCUCUCUUUAUGAUUACAUAUUCUGUAUUACUGAAACCUAAGUUAAAAUGGUGGACAUUGGAGAAUUAAACAUCUGUAUUGAUUGUUGUUCCGCUAUUUAAUGAAUGUCUCCUUUGUCUUAUCACAGCUUUCCGUAUGUCAUCUUCCUUGACCCAACUCGUCUGUUGUUACCUUUCACUUGUAAUAGUGGGCAAAAUUUUUAAUGAUUUUGUGUUAAUUUUUCUGUGUUUCUUUCCCUUCCAUCUUUUUUUGCCUUCCAGUCCCAUAUGUUUAUACCCUGACUUCCUUUGGGACAGGGUUGAAUGCGGUGUCUAAUGUAUGUUUUCCUGUAUCUUGUCAUUGGUUGAGUUUUUACAGUUGUGGCAUAACGAUUUUUCAUUUUGUCUCAAUGUUUUUCGUCAUCUCAUCUUUGUUUGUUUAUUUGACUUGCUAAAACAUGUUGAGUGACUGUUGGUCCCUCAGGUUAUUUUAAGACACCUGUAUGUGGAAUAAAUGAUGCAAAUAACAACAGUA